UGCGUUGUAGCCAAUAGGGUUGAGGGGGCGUCACCGGAAGAAGCGUGGACUUUUCUCACACGUGGGUUUGGUUCUGCCUGUUGAUCAUGUCCGGCCUUUUCAUUAAAAAGAAAUCAGCGGUAACUCCGCGGAGGCGACGGGCAGAGGGGAAUGAUGCCGAGGCUACAUCUCAGAAAAGAAAGAAAACGAAAGACACACAUCUAAGGGAAGAAAUCGAAAGCGACUCAGACACUGAAAUUGCCCCAGCUAGGACAAAACCUAAGCAAGAUGAAGAAGAAUACUUGGAGGAGACUGCUCAGGAGAAGAAGCUCCGACUGGCCAAGGAAUAUCUAAAACAACUGCAGCAGCAAGAGGAAGAACAGAAAGAAGACGAGGAUCAGGAUCAGAAUGCAAUUGCUAACAGGCUGCAAGAGGAUGUGCUUGAGCAGCGAGGAAGACUUCAGCGACCAUUGGCCAAAGAGUUGCUCCCUCCAGAGCCCUCAGAGAUUCGCCUUCUGCGUGGUCACCAGGGACCUAUUACCUGCCUUGUGAUCUCUCCUGAUGACAGCUACCUAUUUUCUGGCUCCAAAGAUUGCUCAAUCAUUAAAUGGUCUGUAAGUGAUGGGAAGAAGAUGCACAAGAUCCCAGGGGGCAGGAAGGGCACAGAGAGCACGCAUGUAGGACACACUGGUCAUGUGUUGUGCAUGGCUUUGUCUUCAGAUGGGAAGUACCUGGCAUCCGGUGACAGGAACAAACUGAUAUUUAUCUGGGAUCCUGUAACGUGUCAGAAUCUGCAUAAGUUCCAGGGACAUAGGGACGCAGUGUCUGGGCUCUCCUUUCAGAAGGGAACCCACCAGCUAUUUAGUGCAUCACAUGACCGUUCAGUAAAAGUGUGGAAUGUAGCAGAAAAUGCAUAUAUUGAAACCCUCUUUGGCCAUCAAGAUGUGAUCACAGGUUUGGACAGCCUGAGUCGGGAGCGUUGUGUCACCGUGGGAGGCAGAGAUGGAACCAUGAGAAUAUGGAAGAUAGCAGAGGAGACCCAGCUUGUGUUCAGCGGCCAUGAAGAGUCAAGCUUGAAGGGAGAGUCUUUGUCGCACAGCGUGACCAGUGUGAGUCCACAGAUUGGUGGACCAGCAAGAAGAGGCUCUAUUGACUGUGUGCGGCUCAUAAAUGAGGAACAUGUCGUGACAGGAGCAGAUGAUGGUUCUUUGGCGCUCUGGACAGUGGGCAAGAAGAAACCCCUGACACAGGUGAAAUGUGCUCACGGGAGCCACGGGGACGCUGGCCUGGAGCAACCCUACUGGAUCUGCUCUGUAGCAGCCGCUCUUAACAGUGAUGUUGUGGCUUCAGGUUCUCAUGAUGGAUUUGUGCAUGUCUGGCGCUGUGGGGAAGGAUUCCGCAGCCUGAGCCCUCUCUGGACAAUACCCUUGGUUGGGUUUAUAAACAGCCUGCAGUUUUCCUCAUCUGCAAAUUUCCUAGUUGCUGGUGUUGGCCAGGAGCACAGGCUUGGUCGUUGGUGGAGGAAAAAGGAGGCCAGAAACGGACUGUACAUAAUUCCUAUUAAGAGGACUCUUGUGCUUGGGUCUUGAUCCCAUACUCCCCUCCCACACACGGGCAUAUUUUCUUUACCUUCUUGUACCUUACUGUUCUUAUAUAUUAUAAAACUGUUUCGUUUUUUGACCUCA